AUGAAAAUCAAAGCUUUAAGUAGGCCCACGUCCUCGGCGCAAGCCCCAGGCACAUCGGCGCAAAAAGCACCUCGAAAUCUCGACCCAGCCCUCCAUCCAUUUGCUCGCUCACGCGAGUACACCAGAGCACUCAAUGCGACAAAGUUAGAGCGCAUGUUUGCAGCGCCAUUCAUUGCGCAACUUGGGAAAGGUCACGUCGACGGAGUAUACACCCUUGCGAAGGAUCCGAAUUCCUUAGAGAGAUUUGCCAGUGGAAGUGGUGAUGGAGUUGUCAAGGUCUGGGACUUGACCAGCAGAGACGAGAUAUGGCAUACAUCUGCCCACGAGAACUUGGUUAAGGGGAUGUGCUGGACUCAAGAUAAAAAGCUCUUGACUUGUGCCAGUGAUAGGUCGGUCAAGUUGUGGUCGCCAUAUGAUACACAGCCCGACAGUGCUCCUACAGCAACUUGGCUGGGGACCAAUGCUUUCACAAGUAUCUCGCACCAUCGGUCAAAACCUUCCUUCGCAGUAUCUUCAGAGGUCAUCUCCAUUUAUGAUUUGGAGAAGCAAAAUGCCACUCCAGAAGUCCUUCGAUGGCCUACGACCACAGAUACGAUCACAAAUGUCUCUUUCAAUCCCAUCGAAACAUCUAUCCUUGGAUCAGCCGCAACCGAUAGAUCAAUUGUGCUUUACGAUUUAAGGACCUCCAUGCCACUUGCCAGGACUAUCUUGAAGUUCCCCGGAAAUGCAAUAUCCUGGAACCCAAUGGAGGCAAUGAACUUCGCAGUCGCCAGCGAAGACCACAACAUCUACAUAUUUGACAUGCGGAAAAUGGACCGAGCACUCAACGUAUUAAAGGAUCACGUAGCAGCCGUCAUGGAUGUAGAGUUCAGUCCUACAGGCGAAGAGCUCGUGUCGGCAAGUUACGACCGAACUGUCAGACUCUGGAGCAGAAUGAAGGGACACUCGAGAGACAUCUACCACACGAAACGAAUGCAGCGCGUCUUCUCAUGCAAAUGGACCCCGGACUCCAAAUACAUUCUUUCUGGAUCAGACGACGGCAACAUCCGUCUGUGGCGCGCUAACGCCUCUGAGAGAAGCGGUAUCAAAUCAGCAAAGCAGCGUCAAGCCCUUGAGUACAGCGAAGCUCUGACAGAGAGAUAUGCACACAUGCCGGAGAUCCGCCGCAUCAAGCGCCACAGACACAUUCCAAAGGUUGUUAAGAAGGCUGGCGAGAUCAAGACGGAGGAAUUGAAGGCUAUCAAGAGGAGAGAGGAGAACGAGCGGAAGCAUACGAAGAAGCAGUUCAAGAAGAGACUGAAUGAGAGAGAGAAGAUGAUUCUGGCGACGGAGAAGUAA